UACAGACAUAUCGCUUAUAUUUGAUUGGUCAGUUUUGAAAUGGGAAAACAUUCUAAAGUGUGCAUUUAUUUAUUCCUUAAAAUGUGAAGAACAAAUUUCUAUUCAUUAUGAAAUAAUACAAAAGAGUAAAAAGCAACACCAAAGUAUAUAUUUGAUUCUUUUAAUAAAUGGGUGAACAAAUGAGUGAGUGAGUGAAUGAAUAAAUGAACAAGGAACUAACCAACAAAUGUCCUAUAUUUUUAAAAAAUAUUUCUAGUUUACUUCUUUUUAUUUUAAUGAAGUGAGAAUAAAGGCAACCAAUUGAAGGUGGUGCAUUUUGGUCUUACCAACAUAUUACCAUUAAAACUAAUAAAUAACUAGACAUUUUGUUUAUCAACACAAUAUACAGUCAAUGUAAAGGGAAAAUACAUUCUCUACACACUUCUAUACACUUUCGUAUGUAUUUAGAAUGCGUGCCAAUGCAUGGACAAAUGGGUAUUCAUCGUAUGACCAGAUACUAGAUGUAAAUUUUCCACAUUUAUACAACUCAUUGCUCUCAAAUCAUCAAUACAUUUGUGCAUAUGUCCACUCACAUGCAUGCUAUUCAUCAGUUGAAGUCAAACAUUCUAACAGUUUAUGUACAUUUUUAUUAUUCAUCUAAGAAAUUAGCAUUUAAAACAAUCAAACAAUUGGUCAUUGUACACUGAUAAUCACUAAUUAACAGAAAAAAAUUGACAGUCUGAAAUGAAUUUAUACUUUUGCGUUUUGUAUAUUACCAAUGUCUUUCAGUUUCUAUUGAUAGUACAUUUAAAAAAUACAAAUACACAGUAUACUGUGGAAUAUUUUAUCACUGAAGAAUGUCCACCAAAUACAUUAGUGGGAAAUUUAAAUAAUAUUCCUUACAAUACAGUCAUACAGUCACAUUCAUUUAGUACGUUCCAAUUGUUAUCACACAGUGGAUACUUUUAUUUAAAUGAAUCUAAUGGAUUAUUAUAUACACGUGGUCGUAUUGAUCGUGAGACAAUAUGCCCUGCUGGCACAAAUAGUGCAAAUAUGGUUGGCGGUAGUCUUUAUCCCCAUUUAUCGAAUACUAAUCGAUUAAAAGAAAUUGAUCAACUUAUGGUAAGUGAAGUAAAUCAUCUGAACACCUUGGGACAUAUUACCAAAUCGAGUUGUGAAAUUUUAUUACAAGCAUUACAGUUUAUAAAUAAUCCUAAUUCACGUGAUAACGAUGACCAAGAGCAUCGUGUCAUUUUGAUAAAAAUAUUUAUUCUAGAUAUAAAUGAUAAUGCCCCUUCAUGGCAGGAGAACGUUAUUCAAAUCAGUGUACCAGAACAUACACCAAUUGGGACAAGAAUACCACUUCCAACAGCUAAUGAUCCAGACUGUGGACCUAUUAAUACAACUGUAAGCUAUUCAUUACUUGAUCAGAGUACAAAGAUUCAGUCUUCCGAUAUAAAUUCAGACAAUACCUAUUUAGCCCGCAAUGCCUUUCAUUUAGACUCAGAACUAAUAUCCACUCCCGAUUUUAAUUUAAACAGUGCUUGGAAUUAUCAAGCUAUAAAUUGUAAUCCACGUGUAUUUCGCCUAUGGCUUCGGAUUAUGCAGGAUUUAGAUUUUGAUGAUGACGAUAUUACUGAUAAGUCUGAUGUUUUAAGUUCCACAAAAAUCUUUCCUUCAGAAAGUGUUAAAGUCAAGCUAAUGAGAUUAACUUUGUUAGCUACUGAUGGUGGUCAGCCAAUCAGUUUGACAGGUACUGUAACCAUCAAUAUUACAGUCACUGAUAUCAAUGAUCAUCCACCUGAAUUUGUUGCAACAGACCAGUAUCAACCAAAAGUUGCUACUGGAUCCCCUACAGUUCACCUGCCUACGGUUCACUUAGAAAAUGGAGAAUUAUUUAUACAACUUCCUGAAAAUACUCCAGCCGGACGAGUAAUCUAUAGAGUGCAAGCAGUUGACCAUGACGAAUCAGAUAAAGAAAAGCUCAGGUAUACAUUGGGAACAUCAGCUGGUUUAGAUGUUAGAGAAACAUUUAGAAUAGAUCCAAAAUCAGGUGAAGUCACCCUUUUAAGGGCACCAGAUUACGAAGCUCAUCGUUUACAUAUUUUACCCAUAACUGUAACAGAUGGAAAACAUAUUAUAACACAGAAACUGAAUGUACGUAUUCAAAAUGUUAAUGAUCACCCUCCUGUGAUUUCUGUGCGCCCAGUAAUCAAACAAAAGUCUCCCAUCAUUCAUUCGGGUCAGUCAUUUCGCCCUAAUAUUCCAGAUUAUAUGCAUGGUCGAACAGUUGUUUUAUAUGUUACAGAGCAUGAGCCACCAGGUCAGCUGAUAGCGACUGUGACAGUGACAGAUUCUGAUGAAAUUGUGGAUCCUACUCUUACUAAAUCAGACAUGUUAGUUGAAAGCAGUACGCAAACAUUAAACUAUCAGUAUCAAACUAUUGAUUCGGAAACGCAUUUGAGCACAAAUUGUCAACUGAAUCAUAAUGGUUUAAUACUAGAACCAUUAUUUAAAGGCGCUAAAAACCAGUUUAAACUGUUAACCUAUGGUACUUUUGAUAGGGAACAACAGACUGAUCAUUUUGCCACAUUAACAUGCUAUGAUUACGGUCAGCCACCGUUAUCUUCACAGGUUGGAUUGCGUCUUAUCAUUGAAGAUAUUAAUGACCAUGGUCCUCAAUUUAAACAGAAUAAAAUGAUUGCUCAUAUGAAAGAAAAUAGUCCGUCAGGAACAAAAGUUUAUAAAAUCGAUGCACACGAUCCUGAUAUUGGUCCUAAUGCUCUUUUAGGCUAUCGGUUAGACGGUGAGCAUAUAGAAGACUUUAUGGUUGAUUCAAAGACUGGUACAGUGACUAGUUUGAGACCAUUUGACAGAGAACAGAUAGAUCAUUUCAAUAUUUCAGUUACUGUGUAUGAUCAGUCGGAAUGGAUUACAUCAAAUGGUUAUAAUAAUAUGACGAAUUUAUCAACAGCGAUUGAUUUGUUUAGUCGUAAAGCACCAAAACAGCAUAUUGUUCACGGGAAUCUGUAUGUUUAUAUUGAUGAUGUGAAUGAUUGUCCGCCAACAUUUGAGAAUUCAUUAUACCAGUUAAGCGUAUCGGAAGAUGCUAAAAUUAACCAUUUAGUUGGUCAAAUUGAAGCCAAUGAUAGCGACGCAACUGAAAUCAACAAUCAAAUUCAUUAUUUAAUUAAACCACAAAUAGAAGGUCAGACGAUUCAUGAAUUUCGCGUGUCAACUAAAGGAUAUAUUUAUGUGUCACGUGGUAAUUUGGACAGAGAAAAAGUGCCAGCGUAUAAUUUUUAUCUUGUCGCUAUGGAUUCUGGAUUGCCGACGUUAUCAUCUUCGACACAAAUCCACAUACACUUAAUUGACGUGAACGAUAACUCUCCACAAUGGAUAUUUCCAGCGCAUAACCAUCAGAUUGUAAAUUUGACUAUUAAUGAACCAGUUGGUUAUCGUGUAGCUCAGUUGGUUGCUGAAGAUCCAGACGAAAAUGAAAAUGGUGAAGUAGCUUAUCGAUUGGUUCAAACAAGUUUCAUAUCUAAUAUACCUGACGUUGUGGACAGGGCUCCUGUGACAAGUCCUUCAACUUAUUCUGACAAUAAUCUUGACACUAAUGCACAAAACAUGCCGAAAUCAGAUUUAAGAUACAUACCGACACAUACUGUUGGGAAUCUAUUUGAAUUGGAUUCAAUAAGUGGGGCUAUUUAUGUUGGUCGGUCAAUGACUGUCGACGACAUAGGAUCAAUUAAGUUAGUUUUAGAAGCAAGUGAUCGUGGUCGUCCGGCUAAAGUUAACCAUCGAGUUUUACAGAUUGAUAUUUUUCGUUAUUUAUCACAAGCAAGUGCUUAUUUACUCAGUGAAAACGAUGGCGAUGGAGGCGGAGAUAGUGAACAUGUUAGACAAAGGAAUACAGUUGUUGGACAUGGAACAUACUUAGAAAAUGAUUUAAUUGUGAUUGUAAUUAUGGUCGCUGUAACAUUGAUAAUAUCACUGAUACUUAUACUGGCAAUUUUAUUUCUACGCUGUGGUGCAUGCACACAUCGAAGUGCAGUUCAAUGUGAACAAAAUGAUCCUAGAUUUUAUAGACAAGGUUUUAGUCAUACACACCAUCUUGAAGAAGUUUUUAGAGAUUCUGGAAUGCUUGAAGCAGAUGGCUUACUUUCGCCUGGAGCUGAUCAUUUACUAAGUGAAAGCAGCCUAAAUAGUUAUCCUCCACCAAAUCACCUUUGUAAUUCAUCCCAACCAACAGAUUCGGAUAAAAUGUUAAGAAGCCUUUUAUCAAAUUCAGAUAGAAAUCAGUGGAUGGUUGCAGCAUUAGAUCCCCAAAAGCCUGGUACCCUAAGAUCACAGAAAUUAUUUAAUUCAACUCAUCCAUUUCAUUCAUCACCUUUAAAAGUGAAUGAUUUCUUGAAUCAUCAAAGAGGAUCUAGUCAGACUGGAACAAUUUGUCGAUUGAAGCGUGUUGAAGAACGUCUUUUGGAUAAUCCAUCGGCAAAAAAUUCACCUGAUCAUGAGCUCAAGUUAUUGAUGGGGGUAAAUUCCGCACUCAAACAAAACAAUCAACUCUGCUCAACAUUUAAGGCAAGCUGUUCACAAUUACCAGGUUAUCGUGUAAACUCCCCAUCGUAUAAAGAUGCUGAAUCUUUGGGAAAUUUAAAUUCUCCUAAUGAAAUAACAGAAGACAUGGAAAGUAUGGACAGUGGUCAUGGAUGUAGUACAGACACGGCAAUGAUUGAAAAUCACUUUCCAAAUUCAAGGCCUCACAGUUCACUUAACACUUUUCGUGUUAACAGUUCCACACUACGUCAGACACCAACUUGUUAUUGUUCACUAAAUGUUGAAGAGCUAAAGAAUGCAAAAACUACAAAAAGUCCUGAAUUGCUACCCUCUGAACGAGAUGACUUAACACUGAAAGUGUUAGCUUAUCGUAGACGAAGUGGAACUUUACCUCCUUGUACUAAUCAUAUAAAUAAUGGUGAAAACGACGAUGAAGUUGGUGUUAUUCCAGUCAAUUUUCCAAAUAAAUUAAAUUCUGCAAAGUCAUCAGGUGAUCUUUUAAAGGUUGUUGAUACAAAAUGUUGUUUAAAAUUCAAUGUGGAACAACACCAACCAAAAAGUCGUCUAUCUGUUUCAUGGUUGGAUACACAUAUGCAUUGCAAUAAUGGACAAGAGCAUAUCUCAGCUGUUGCUAACCCUGUAUGUGAUCCUACUAGUAGUUCUCCAUGUAACGAUGAUGUCGAUGGUCUUUUCAGCAACAUAAGUAAAACAACUAAUGUUAUCGAUAAUGACAAUACUAAAAGUGAGUGUCAAACUGAGAUGUCCCAGUCAACAGAAGGCACAAUGAUACUAUUCAGUCCAGUUGAUCCACUCGGUUAUGCGCAGCUGAUUCAUACACAAACAGAUGAACAGUUCACUUCACCACAAAAUAUUUAUUCUAAAUUCCCAACAAGUUUUGUUUAAUCGACUUAAAAAAGAGACAGAAAGAUUAAGGAUUAAAUGUUCAAAUUUGAAGAUAGUAUUUCAGUCAAAAGAUCUGUCGCUUUGUCUUCUUCAAAGACUUUGUACCAUUUUUCAUAAAAGUGACAGAUAAACUUUGAUUUUCACCGUAUAAGCCUUCAGAAAUUAUUCAUUGUUUAGUUCUCCUUUCUAUUUGAUUUGGUGCAUUUUAUGUUCGCUUUCUCCACCACUCUUCCUGUUUUUAUGAUUUAUUAAAAGUGCCGAUUGAAAAAGACUGGUAAAUUCAUUUAAUAUACAAAUUCUGAAAUACAUGAAAAGAAAAAAGAUAUCAGACAAUGAACAAUGGAAUGCAACUAUCUUCCAUUUUGUACCCACUUGCGUAUAUACACAUGUAUGCAUAUUAAAAAUUGAAAUAUAGCUAUUCGUCUAUACCUAUUUAUUUAAAC